GGAACGAAGGAAUGAGUUAUAUAAGACCUCCACAGCAAUCCUAGGCACGAAAUACAAUUAGCUCUGGGAAUCGAGACAAUUACACCCAGCUAGGGGAACGAACAGAUCCCAGAGUAAACACAGCGGCCGAAUUAAUGACUUCCCCCCCACCAGAAAAAAGAGGUACUCUCCGAAUGUGAAUGACUUUGGCUUGUAUCAGAAGUCUGUAAACCGUGUCACUUUUGUGAGUAUCAAAGGCGGCAGUGCCGAGCGGAGGAAAAUCUCUAACUCGUGGUAUGAUGUUGUAAUCGUGUUUACACACAUUCAAGCAGGCAAUUAUUGUAUGGACCGGGGAUUAUUGCUGCCGGGGGUUCUUUGUGGUGCGUUUCAUUCAUUGUUCGGUAACUGGUCUUUUUAUUAUCAACUUUCCCUUAUCGCGUGAAGAGGACAGUGUUCAUGCAUCCCGGCCGGCCGGAUCCGUGUGAUUUGUGUAUCACGAGAAGGGUGCAGAACUUUAAACUGUUUAACACCUGCACAGUGCACGGGUUGAGUGCUAAUUGGGGGGUUGUGUGUUGAGAGAAGACAGGUUUACGGGUUAGAUCGACAUGAUGUUAUAAGCAUGUGGACCGGACUUCUAAGCUUCAUACUUCUGAUUUACCCACAAGAUACCGAAGCCAGUUGGUCCAGAUGGAGUGGUUGGAGCAUGUGCAGCAAGUCGUGUGACGGAGGAUUGUCCAAUCAGAAACGCCGAUGUUUCGGCAACAGCAAUUGUCUUGGAUCAGAAAUCAGAUAUCGCCAUUGCAAUACUAGGUCUUGCAGUGGCUUCCUUACGAACGACAACGAUAGAAUAUGUAACAUUCACAAUAACCCUGGAUCCGCCAGUAGUUACCGAGAGUGGGUCCCGAUAUCGCAGCAGACAUACCCGUGCUACGUGCUGUGCAGGGAUUUAUCGGGAAACAUUCCGAAUGAAAUCAAAACUAACAAAGAGGACGGCACCAAAUGCAGCUCUCAGGAUAACUUUUACUGCAUCAAGGGAGAAUGUAAGAGACUUGGUUGUGAUUGGGAGGUGUGGUCAAACAAGGUGAUUGACAGCUGCGGCAUCUGUGGAGGAGAUGGCUCUAGAUGCGCAAAAAAUGACACACAGUCACAUUUCUAUUGGCUUGUAGAUUGGUCAUCAUGUUCGGUCACGUGUGGUACAGGUCACCAAGAAUCUGUCAUAAGAUGUAUGAAUAGACAAAAUAAAAGAAGAACAAUGGAAUAUUACUGUGACCGAGCGAAGAAACCGAACGACCUUAUCCGGGAAUGCUCUCUCCCAGACUGCCGGCCCCAGUGGGAAAUUUCUUCCUAUGGGCGAUGUUCUGUGGAAUGUGGCGGGGGGAUACAGCGGCGUAAUAUUCGGUGUGUACAACGAUCCGGAAGAGCGAACCUGAUUGUUGUGGGGUCCUACCAAUGCCCGGAUCCGAUACCGAUGUCUGAGAAGGCCUGCAAUUUAAAAUUCUGUCCCGCCAGAUGGCAGACUGGUAAAUGGAGUCAGUGUUCAGUAUCCUGUGGCAUCGGCACCCAAAUUCGUAGCCUGACCUGCGUUAAAUAUCCUACUCAUGGAAUAGAGAUCAGUGUUUCACAUUCGGAGUGUUUUAAUAUUAGACCAGAGAUAACUCGUGCCUGCACAGUAAAGGCUUGUUUCAAAGAAUUUUAUUCACUUCCUUCCAUUGUUGUGGAUAAUUCUACAUUCAUUCAAUAUCGGCGAAUGAAAAGAGUAUACCUCAAUGUUGGUGGUAGGGCUAUUUUAUUAGCAAAGCAACCAGUAAAGAUUAAAUGCAUUGUGAAAAAUAUGGAUAGUAGACUUAUUUUCUGGACUAAAGACGAUCGUCUGAUACCAGUCACGCCCUACAAAAGGAUUCAUGUUUCUCCCAAUGGAGUUCUAAAAAUUAAACGCACAGAUCCAAACAUUGAUAAGGGUGUGUUCACAUGCAUGGCGGGUAUUGAAAAAGCCAGCACAUACAUUACGUUUCAUAACAAGAAAAGGGCAUCAAAGGCGGCCAAAUCAAUAAAGAACUUGCAGAAAGACAAAACAAGUUUAGAUAAACCGCAGUCGGAUAAAAUUCCAGGAUCGUAUGGCUAUCUUAAACCGGAAGGUAGCAACAGUUCCGAUGUGGCGGAAUUCAUGGUCGGUGAUUGGUCAGCAUGUUCAAGGACCUGUGGAAAGGGUUUACAAACACGGAAGGUAACGUGUAGUGUGUAUACGGACAAUUAUAUAAAAAUUGUCCCUGCUACACAAUGCAAACAGCAAGCAAAACCCGUCAAUGUUAGAAAGUGUUUGGUUCAGGAAUUCUGUCCGCAAUGGGAGGCAGAUAAAUGGGGAGAGUGUAGCAUAAAGAACUGUAAAAGGAUAGGCAAGGCGGUACAACAUCGUACCGUGUUUUGUACAAAUGGAAACGGGAGUUCAAUACAUCGUUCUAAAUGCCAGAAUAUUCCCGUUCCAACGGGGUCCCGGGAAUGUGAAAAUACGGAAUGUGAGGUGGAGUGGCAGACUUCCAGAUGGACAAAGUGCAAACCACUAUGUUCGCCUCGUGGAAAGAAGUUCCGUUUGUUUUCUUGUGUGUGGAAGAAAACCCAUAAGCUGGCUCACACGCAGUGCAAAACACUACCACGCCCUCUAGCAUGGAAACCAUGCAAGUCUAAAUGUAUAAACGAAUGCCGGGACCAUUCCAGAUAUUGUUCUUUGGUGGGGAAAUUAAAGAUGUGCCGAUAUCAAACAUUUGUAGACAAAUGCUGUCAAACGUGUAAACAUUCAAAAGGAUAAAUUGUUACAUAAUAUUAAUUUGUUUUAGGAAUUAGAACUCGAAUAAAAUUUGAUACAUAAAA